UGAUGAACCCAGACCUGGAAGCAGAGAGCUGGGCGGUGUUACACCACCAGGUUUCAGGGCCGGGCCGGACAUGGACCUUCUCUGUAGAUGAGAGCUCCAUGUCUAGGCUCAAAGCCCUGAAUAUGAUGCCCUACUAUGGUUUCGGGAGGGUUACCUUCCGGGCCAAAGAAAAGGGCAUGGGUGCCGACAAAGAGUCGGACACCCAAACAAAGAAAGAGGAAGGAGGGGCCAAUCCCUCCACCUCCGCUGGCACCUCCAAAGGUGAGCUCGCUGAGGGAGAGAGGUCUAACUCUGCUCCCUCGACGAGCAAAGCGCCGCAGGCGUCCCUUCCCACCGGGGCUCUUCCCAAGGCUGGUAAAACGGCCAGGAAGGGGCCGGCGGUGGGAAGAAAGAAGUAAGCCGCAACAUCUAGUGAUGGCGCGGCUCUUCAAAUGCCUGCAGGCUAAUGUGCAACAUUCCAAGGCUGGAUCCUACCUCCUUGGAAAACGAAUCCUGGACGAGAGGAUAGAUAUCGCCCUCAUCCAGGAACCUUGGGUUACUUCCCGAGGCAGAAUCAACGGCCUCAGUAACCUUCCUGGCAAGGAUUCUGUUCCAGAGAUGUAACAUCCAUCCUGGUAAAACUUCCCAUGGAAACGGGCACUAAAGAACUGGUCAUCUGUUCUGCCUACUUC